AUGACCGUCCAAUCCACGCUCCGGCACACCGCUGCCGAAGAAGCAAUCGCGGAAUUCGUCGACAAGUAUACUAAGCGCUUUCGAUCCCGCCUAAAGGGCACAUCCCGGACCACCCGCUUGCUCGCAGCUCUCGCGCUCGCCGCUUCCAUCAUCCUCGCCGGUGAGGGCACUAGGCGGAGAUGGAAGAGGCGGCGUCUUGAGCGGGAGCAGGGCAAGAAGCUUGUGCGCACUAAUUCGUUCCUCUUCAAUAAGGACGGCUCCCGAACGAUAUACGUACCCCACCAGAACGGGACAUCCAAGGUCGUCAUCCACACGACGAAGCCCCUCACCUUCGAAGCUCAUCGACGCCUCUUCUUGAACCCCCCGCGGGUAUCCGGCCUUCGAGAUGGCACCGUUCCCUCGGCGCAAACUAAGCCUGGCCUCAACUUGGCUUUUCUCCACCAGUUCUUGAGUCUGAUGAGCAUUAUGAUACCGCGCUGGACGAGCAAAGAAGCCGGUCUCCUCGUUAGUCACGGCGUCUUUUUGAUGCUCCGUACGUACUUGUCUCUAGUGGUCGCUCGGUUAGACGGUGAGAUUGUGCGAGACUUGGUUGCGGGUAACGGACGCCGGUUCCUCUGGGGCAUAGUCAAGUGGUGUGGCCUCGGUAGCUUUGCCUCUUAUACCAACGCCAUGAUCAAGUUCCUAGAGUCCAAGGUAUCCAUAGCUUUCAGGACUCGCCUCACUCGGUAUAUUCAUGAUCUAUAUCUCAACAAUAACCUCAAUUACUACAAGCUCCACAACCUGGAUGGCGGUGUUGGUCAUGGCGCCGACCAAUACAUUACUCAAGACCUGACACUGUUCUGCGCAUCCGCCGCGAACCUCUACUCAUCCCUGGGCAAGCCGUUCGUCGAUCUCUGUGUCUUCAAUUACCAACUAUACCGGUCACUGGGGCCUCUCGCCUUGACAGGCUUGACAACCAACUACUUCCUAACCGCCAGCAUUCUUCGCCGUCUAUCGCCUCCCUUCGGAAAACUAAAGGCAGUUGAGGGUAAAAAGGAGGGCGAAUUCAGGAGCCUCCACGCGAGGCUAAUCGCGAACGCCGAGGAGGUUGCCUUUUACGGCGGUGCCGACAUGGAGAAGCAAUUCUUGAACAAGGAAUUUAAAUCCCUAAAACAGUUUAUGGAGGGUAUCUACAUGCUUAAGAUUCGGUACAAUAUCCUCGAAGACUUCAUUCUCAAGUACAGCUGGAGCGCCUACGGAUAUCUCCUGUCCUCGCUGCCCGUAUUUCUCCCUGCAUGGGGUGGCCUUGGUGGCGCCAUGGAGCUCGCCUCGGGUUCCGACAAGGGAGGCAGGGAGCGCGGUCGUAUGAAGGAGUUCAUUACGAAUAAGCGUCUCAUGUUGUCCCUAGCAGAUGCGGGUGGCAGGAUGAUGUACUCCAUCAAGGACCUUUCGGAACUAGCUGGCUACACCAGCCGCGUGUAUACCUUGAUUUCUACCCUUCACAGGGUCCACGCCAACGCCUACUACCUAAGGGGUGGCAACAGCGAACUCUACUCCUUGUCGGACGUCCAAGGCACCGUUCAAAAGGGCUUCGACGGUGUGAGAUUUGAACAGGUCCCUAUUGUUGCGCCUGGCCUUUGGCCCCAGGGCGGAGACGAGUUGAUCGAGUCGCUGUCCAUGGUCGUGCGUAGCGGCGAACAUCUCCUGAUAUCUGGCCCCAACGGUGUCGGAAAAUCUGCCAUCGCGCGAGUCCUCGCCGGCCUCUGGCCCGUCUAUCGAGGCCUCGUCAGCCGCCCCAAGGAGACCGGCCAGGACGGCAUCAUGUUCCUCCCCCAGCGCCCCUACCUCAGCAUCGGCACCCUCCGCGACCAGGUCAUCUACCCCGACAACGAGUACGACAUGCGCGAGAAGCGCAAGUCUGAGGACGAUCUCAAGCAUAUCCUCGAGGAAGCCCGCCUCGGUUACCUCCCCGACCGCGAGGGCGGUUGGGACACCCGCAAGGAGUGGAAGGACGUCCUCAGCGGUGGCGAGAAGCAGCGCAUGGGCUUUGCGCGUCUCCUCUACCAUGAGCCCCGCUAUGCUGUCGUCGAUGAGGGGACUAGCGCCGUAUCAAGUGAUGUUGAGGGCCUUCUCUACGAGACGUGCAAGGAGAAGGGCAUAACCCUCAUCACCAUCUCCACUCGUGCCUCCCUCAAGAAGUAUCACACCUUCAACCUCACCAUCGGCAUGGGCGACAACGGCGACGAGUGGGAAUUCGAGCGCAUCGGCACUGAGCGCGAAAAAAUGCAGGUCGAGCGCGAGAUCCACGACAUUCGUGACCGCCUGGCCAAGGUCGACGAGUGGAAGAAGAGGCACGCCGAUAUCGAGCGCGAGCUGGCUAGCGUGUGGGUCGAGGGCGGGGAGGCGCCCCUUGCUGCCCCAUCGUACGCUGCCGCUACCUCUGACGAUGGCGGUGCUGCUGCCAAGGAGGAAGCUGAGGUGGUGGAGAGCGAGUCCGGGGUUACGCCUUCGUAUGCCGACGUCAGUAGGGAAGAGGCGGAGGAGGAAGAGGAGUCCGUUGAUGAGAAGUUUGAGGAGUCGCUUGAGGAGAUUGUAGGGGAUGAGAGUAUGGAGGCGUUGUAA